AUGUAACAAAAGCAUUUCCUAAUGACGUCGCGCUGAUGUCACUAAUGCUUGCAUUAUUACUUCGCAGUGUCGUGUUGUCAGUUUGUUAGCUGAAUAGGGUGUUAUAAAAAAAAAACUGGGAAACUACAAACAAAUGUAUUAAGAAUAAUUUCGAACAUCUUUAAAUCAUUUUGUUGUGACAGAGCUCCAAAUAUGUGACAUCUACAGGCCGGACUUGUCUGAUUACAACGUGAAUCCGAUCCAGGCAGUCCUACAAAGGAAUUGUUUAAAUUAAAGACAAAAAGGAUGAAUCUGAGCUCAUUUGGUGCCUUGCCUUUCCUAUGGAUGGGAUGGAGUUUUUUUUAUCCAUACUUUGGAUUCUGUGAAGGAGCACCGUUCAAACAGGAGGAUGGAAUAACUAGCAACGCAGAACGUCAGUCUUGUUGGGAGAUUGAAGAAUUCACAGUGCAACAGGAAUGCACUCGAUGCGAUGACUAUACAAAGAAGACCGAAUCGGAAUGCACGUUUUCAGGCUUUGUGGAAAAAAUAAAGUGCAACCAUUCGGGACAAGUAGAAUACAGAAGUUGCCGUUCAGCUACUGAAGAGGAACUGAAGUUCUGGAAGUUUGAAGGCAGCAUGCUUUCUUUUGGCACAGUCUUUGCAAUUCUCGUUCUGUUCCGCCAGCGCACUUUGGACAGGCGUGCAGAAUAUAAAGUCUUGCAGCAGAUUGAAGCAAUAUAGCAGGACCAUACUGGCUGCUGACUCCCCCCCCCCCCCCUUUCUCUGUAAAUUGUGAAGUGCUUUAAGAGAAUCUCAGUCCACGUGUAGGCCUUUGAGAAUGAAGUGUCUGCUGCAGUUCCCUAUUCUCCGUGCUGCUGUUCAAAUUCCACUGAAAAAAAAAAAAACUGUGUAUUGUUAAUGUGGUUUUGAAUGUUAUUGUUUUUUUUAUUUAUUUGUUACUUUUAUUUUAGAGCUAUUUAAAUAGUUAUUAACUAUUUAAAACAUUGUUAACUAUUUUUCUAAGUACCAAACAGAUCAGUAAAGAUUCUUAUUAUAUUUGUAAUGUAUAGGACUAAUAUACUCAAUCGCAAGAUGUACAGCACAGUAGAAAUUGGGUAAUACAUAUAGACAAAUGUUUUUUAUGUUUUUACCAGUAAUCAAUAAUUAUAAAAUAUAAAAAAAUUAAAUUAAAUUAUGGCGUAACACAAAGUAUUUUAUGAUACAUAGCAAUCCAACUGAUGUGGAGAGGGCUGAUUUAUUGGCCCUCUUAGUACCAUCACUAAAUGCAAAAAUACCACAGGAAGGGGGUAUGGUAUCCAAUUUACAUUUUUAAUUGUACGUAUGGUGGAUGUAGGUCAUGAGCUCUAGUUGUGUAUUUACAGCUGUGUUUGGCUUUCUUCUGGACUGUCCUAGUAUGUUAGAGUACAUGGUAGUACCACAAUGUGAUCAGAAUUACUUAACACUUCCCAGAAACCUUCUGACACACAAAUGGUCAAAUACACUUUUCACGCAAAGUGAAGUGUAUUGUAACACUACAGUAAAGAAGUGGCUGCUAAUAUUGAUCUUGAAGUAUGUAAGUCUACCUAGGCAAUCUAAAAUGAGUAUACCAUGGGCCAUAGGGUUUAAUUUAAUCACUACAGAUCCCAUUAAAAUACAUGUGAUAACUGGGAGUCCUAUUUGUGAAAAUGUCUUUCUUGAUUUUGUACAUUGAAACGUCUCUCAUCUGUUUCUACAGAGGGUUUCCGAUUCAUUUUCAGAGUACUGUUAAUUAAUAUGUACCAAUGAGUACACUUUGUAAGCCUUUUUGUUGUUUUUUUAUAUGCAGCAUUGUAAAGCAAUGUCAAGUACUGCCCAUAACUUUUUGUUCUUGUUUUCGUACUGUAUACUGUUGUUUUAACAUAAAUAUAUUGAUUCUGUUUUCAUGUUACUGAAUUGUUUGUGGAUUCAAAAAUGAAAUAAUUAAUAGCAUGUGUGUACUACUUUAUUUAAACCCACUGGUAGGUAAGCUCAAUUAGAUGUUUGUUCAGUACUCGGGCACCAGCAGAUGAUAUCAAGGAUCAGGUGAUAAAUGUAUCCCUUCA